GAUAAAAUUGGGUUAGUACUCUUGUGCAAUACUAGUGCUAUAGUGUUCUGCUUACUCAGUAUAGUGAUGCAUGCAGACACUUAACUAGCACCCGACCCACACCUAAUCUGUAGCACUAUAUUUCCGAUCUCUAUGUCAUUCUGUGCACACCUCUGGUUCCAAGACAGGGAAUCUCAGGAGCAGGAGGUGGAGUGUACUUCCCAAAUUUCAAACCAAACCCAACCGACCCAUGGGUAAACCUGCUAUGGGUUUUGGAUCAACCCACUUGUAUCAAUGGCUCCUUGUAGUUGCUGAGUCUUAACAGUAGGUGUCACUGUUUAAAAGCAAAAUAAUGGCAGGACUGCAAGAUGAUGAGGAUUUGAGGGUUCUUCUGAAAGGCAGCAAUCUGUUCAAGUUAAAAUCAGGUUCAUGGAAAAGGCCAAGAUUUUACAAACUGCAAGAAGACUGCAAGACAGUUUGGUAUGACUCCAAGAAGUUAUUCAAGUCAUCAGAAUCACAGACGUUCUCCGUUGAUGAUAUUGAAGAUGUGCGGACGGGGCACCAGACGGAGGAGAUGCAGAGAUUCGCCUCCAGCACGCCGCCCAACCUCUGCUUCUCCAUCGUAUUUAAGGGGGAGCGCAAGAACCUCAACCUGAUAGCCAGUGAUGAAAAGGAGGCGGCCAACUGGGUCUCCGGCUUCAGUAAAAUCCUCACUAACUCCAAGUCCAUGAACCAGACGCAGAAGGUGCAACACUGGAUCCACUCGUGCCUGAGGAAGGCGGAUAAGAACAAGGAUAACCGGAUGACCCUAAAGGAACUCAAGCGCUUCUUGCAAGAAGUGAAUAUUGAGACAGAUGAGAGCUACGCCAAGCAGAUCUUUCAGGAAUGUGACAAGUCCCGGUCGGGCACCCUGGAAGGGGAGGAGAUUGAGGUUUUCUACAAGAUCCUGACCGAGAGAGAAGAGAUUGAUGUCAUAUUCGCCACCUAUUCUGAUGGCGGCAACCUCAUGUCUACCGAGAACCUGCUCAAAUUCCUCAAGCAGGAACAGCGGGAAAAUGUGGGGGCCGAGUAUGCCAAGUCCCUUAUAGAAAAGUAUGAGCCCAGCGAGCAGGCCAAAAAGCAAGAGGCGAUGACCAAGGACGGUUUUCUUAUUUACCUGCUGUCGGACGACGGGAACCUGUUUAAUGUGUCGCACAGGAAGGUCUAUCAGGACAUGAAGCAGCCCCUCAGCCAUUACUAUAUCUCCUCCUCUCACAAUACCUACCUGAUGGAAGACCAGCUAAAAGGCCCAAGCAGUACAGAGGCCUACAUCAGGGCACUGUCGAAGGGAUGCCGCUGUGUAGAACUGGACUGCUGGGACGGCCCUAACUCGGAGCCCGUUAUUUAUCACGGUUACACCCUCACGUCUAAGAUCCUCUUCAAAGAUGUCAUAGCGGCUAUUAAGAAGUACGCCUUCAAAACUUCUCCGUACCCUGUGAUACUGUCCUUGGAGAACCACUGCACCCUGGAACAGCAAAUCAAGAUGGCUGACCACAUGAAAAGCAUUCUGGGAGAUAUGCUCCUGGUGGCGCCACUGGAGGGGAAGCUAAAGGAGUUCCCAUCGCCAGAGCAACUGAAGGGCAAAAUCCUGGUGAAGGGGAAGAAGCUGAAUAAACUGGAGGAGAGCGUGAGGAGGCAGAGCGCCAGCGGGACGGAGGCUGAAGAUGUGUCUGACGAGGACGAGGCAGCAGAAAUGGAGGAUGAAGCUGUUAAAUCCAAAGUGCAGGAGGCCAAGGGGAAGGCGAAGCUGAAACUUGCCAAAGAGUUGUCGGACACAGUUGUAUACUGUAAGAGUGUGCACUUCGGUGGCUUUGACUAUGCGCUCGAACACCAGUCCUUCUAUGAGAUGUCGUCCAUAUCCGAGAACAAAGCCCUGAAGCUGGCCAGUGAAUCAGGGAACAAAUUCAUAAAGCACAACACACGGCAGCUGAGCCGGAUCUAUCCCGACGGCAUGAGGACAGACUCGUCCAACUACAAUCCAGUGGAAAUGUGGAACGUGGGCUGCCAGAUUGUGGCUCUAAAUUUCCAGACCCCGUUUGCAGAGAUGGACACGUAUCAGGGCCGAUUCCAGGACAACGGAGCGUGCGGUUAUGUACUCAAGCCCCAGUUCCUCAGGCAGUCAGAUUCCAGGUUCAAUCCCAGGUCCAUCCAAGAUGGAGAGUGGUGGACGCCCAAGAAGCUGCACAUUAUGGUGAUCUCUGGGCAGCAGUUACCAAAGGUGAACAAGAAGCCGAGCUCCAUCGUGGAUCCGGUAGUCACAGUGACAAUACUCGGCGUGGAACGGGAUAAAGGCAAUAAACACACGCAGGUCAUGAAGAAUAACGGCUUCAACCCAAAAUGGAACGAGCACUUUGAGUUUGAAAUCGACGUCCCGGCGCUCGCCCUCCUGCGUAUUGUGGUGGAAGACUACGACGCGGCGACCCGCAACGAUUUCAUUGGGCAAUUUACUGUGCCUCUGACCAGUCUGAAAUUGGGUUACCGUCACAUCCAUCUCCUGUCCAAGAGGGGAGACCAGUACCCCUCGGCCACCCUGUUUGUGCACACCAUGCUGGUGGAACAGAGCAAGUCCUGAAAUCAUUCCCAGAAUGUUAAAGUUCCAUUUUAUUUUUUUUAUUUUUUUAAAAAUGUGACAAUUUUAGGUCAUAAUGCGUCUAGUGACAUAGCUGGAAUUCGACCUUAUCUGUUUUAUCCUGCUUUUAUGUAUUUUUUUUUUUUAUUGUUAAUUUUAAAUUUGGGAAAACCCAGUUUUACCCUUGACAAUCCAGAAAGGGGCGUGAAACGUCGACCUUUCUAAUAAGUCUCCGUAGAAUAAUAAUCAAAGUGUCCGACCUGCAGUUUUCUUGCUGUUGAAUUAGAACUGACGGAGCUGCUGGGAAUUGUAGUUCAACAGUUGUUGGUUUUACAUCUCUGUGCCUGUUACUCGCCACCAUUGCUCUUAAUGAACGUAUAGAAGUGAAGGGUUAAUGCUCACUAAUUGCACAGAACAACCAAUCAGCAGUUAGCAGUUGUCUUUAGAGAAAUGAAAGCAAAUAACUGAUUGGUUGCUGUGUUCUAACACUAUGUAAUUGUACAUUAACAGCCCCAGCUUGUGCCUCAGCGUUGCUUUUAAUCAGGGAUGCCAUUGAAUACCUCCCCUUUCGGAGCCAAUAGUAAAUAUUGGACUGGAGCUGCCAUGCUGCUGGAGCUUUGCUUAUUUUCCCUUAAACAUAGAUUUUUUACUUCCAAAACCCGUCUAAAAUAUUUAUCAACCCACGUGCCUUUGCUCUGGGGCAUCUGGGCCUUUAAAUACCAACUGUCAGAUGAAGACGUGUUUUUAAUGUAAACCUUCAAAACAAAUUGCUCUUCUGAGCACCUUUGUAAAUGAUACAUUUUCUAGUUUUCAGGAUAGUAUUUGUUUUUUUUACACUACUAAGAGAAUGAAUUUGAAGCAACAGCGCCACCUGCUGAUCAUUUCAGGCGACUGGGCCCAGUUGGUAGAAAAUUCAUUUUGUGAGAAAAGGAAACCGGAGAAACAUCAGGUGACUCUUCUCUGCUCAAUAACUUCACUUUCUGAGCAACAUCACAAGAGUUUCCAUAAUCAUCCAAUGAGUAGAGGGGUUAUUAUGGCUGGUAAUGCCCACAUAGGGCCAGUAAAGACACUAGCCGGGGCAAGGCCAGCUGACUACAUAACUGUUAAACACUGGUCAGGAGUCUCCAGGUUAAUAAAGUAAAUAUAGAAUAUACUUGUGAAUGCAGAAAUUCUCUUUGCCUCGUGCAAGUAGGGGGGCCCUUGUGAUUUAGUGGACAGUCCGUACCCCAGUAAUGAUGGGGCCUGUACAAUUGUAGUAUUUGUUAGCCAACUGGGACACUCAUUUCCCUUUCUUUAAUCUCUAGUUCAUUAUGUUUCCUAAUUCUCUCACCCAAUUUAAAGGUCUCCAUUGGGGCCACCCAUGCAGGUAAAUCAGAAGGGGAAAUGGGAGGGACCAGCAACGCCUUCCCUUUUCUGAUUUGCUGAUCCCACAAAUACACGCCCACUCGAUAGAUUUCAGGCUGUGAUCAGAUAGGGCUGUAGGUCAAUCUGUCCAAACUGCCCCUGGCCGGGGUUAUUAGAUACCCAUACGGUAAGGGAUGAAAUUGCCAAUGAUCCGAACAUACUUGACCACCUGAAAGCUUUAUUUGCUUUAUAAAGCGCCAAGAUUUCUAUAUUUAUACUUUCUAUUCUGGUCCUACACUUUAUAAAUGUACAGUAAAUAGUGAUGCAGAUUUUAUAUGAAUGGUCCUUUGUUGUAACGGAUACCGCCCUGUGUCUCCAGGAUAUGGUGGCGCCUGUGCCUUUAAAUAAAGAGCCACGCCUCCCCAGUAAUCCAUUAGGCCUGGGCUCUGAUCCCUGGGCAUUCUGGGAAGUGUCUCCCAACCUUGGCUGGAGGUCUCUGCUAUGGACCCCAACCCUGGAGCCUUAGACUUAUCUCGGUGUUGACUGUUUGUACACAAGGAGAAUGUGCAAUGAAAUAUGUGGAUUAUUUUAAUAAUAACCUUUUAUAUUGAUUUUUAUCCCUUUUGUUUAAAGACUGAAUUUCAUGUCAUGGUCCUUAUGUUGGGUGUUUCUCUCCAGUAGCUCAUGUUUUUUCCAGAAACAAACUUUGGAAUAAACACUUAUUGGGACCGGU